AUGAAGCUAAUAUCUACCCUCCUGGCGACCUGCUUGACGGCAUGCAGCAGUGUCCUCGCUGAGACUCAAGAUCCCCUUAAUUACCGGAAUAUCAAGCCCUCCUACGUCGCUCCAAAAUCCUCCAACACCACCACACUGCUGGAAUUCAUCAAGUCACGCUCAGAUUUGAGCAGACUCUCAGAAGCCCUAGACAAAGUCGGCGGCUUCUCGGAAGCAUUCGACACGGAUCCCACCUGGAAAUUUACCUUUUUUGCCCCAAACAACGAUGCCUUUGAGAAGAAUGUGGGCAGAUAUUUCAACACGUUCGAGGCUACUCCGAAAGGCAAAUGGUGGCUGGGGAAUACUAUCCUGCAUCACUACGUUCCGAACACAAGCUUGAAGUCCUCCAGUUUCAAUGUGACAUACCAGCAAUUCCAGACUGCGACUUAUCUAUAUGUCGGAGCAGAGGUUCAAAACGGGAAUCUUCUCCUGAACAAAGUUGCUACUGUAGUAGAAAAGGAUAUUGCAAUUACACAGGUAGGCUAG